AUGCAUGGCCAGGUGUUGAUCCUUCUCGGGCCCUUUGUGGAUGCAAACAACACGAAGGUCAUGGAAGGGGAAGCCUGCCUUUCAGGCAGCGAGGAGCCGGCCUGUCUCGAGGAGGUCUAUGUCCGCUUCUUUGCAGAGCUGCGAAAGGGAUUGGAGCCGCUUCGAGCUGCCAGACUAGCGACACAGGUCUUCAUCCUCCCUUCUCUGGAUGAGGCUGUCAAUUUUCACCCACUCCCGCAGCCACCGAUGGACAUCAUGCUUGCACAAUGGUUGGAAGAAGAAGCCACUGAUCUACUGCAGUUGCAGCAGAUGGGAGUGCGCUUCUUAUCUAACCCUGCCCAUAUUGAGCUCAAUGGCAUCAAGGUGAGCAUCACCUCCGCGGACGCCCUCAGCCCAAUACUCCGUGAAAUGGUACUGCGCCCCGAGGGCCGAAAAGUCGAGGAGGCAUUGCGGCUUCUACUCAAGCAGAGAUGCUUGUUCCCUGCUGUGCCUCGCGACCCAGCUCAGGUGUACGAGGCCAAAGCGCAAGCUUUGGACUUCCCCUGGGAUGGCAUUUCGCCGCAGAUCUGCAUCUUUCCUUCGCCCUUGGCUGUCAUGAACGGGGCCGUGGUCGAGAACACAUUCUUCGUAAAUCCUGGAGCUUUGUGUCGACAGGCUGCUUCGGGCUCCUUUGCCGAGCUGUGGAUCCAGCCUGCAGAAGGUGUUUCAACAAUGAAGGAUCGGGUGCGGGUGGAUCUCAAGAAACUAGGUUAG